AUGCUCGCCCUCGUCCUCACAGCAGAGCUUUCCGGAGUGACGAACCUCCGGCCAGCCGAUACGGAGGCCACCCAGUUCUGGUAUACCUUUAAGGUCCAAUGCACGUCCUGCCGUGAGACUCACGGCAACAAUAUCGCCCUGAGCCGUUUUGACAUGAACGAGAUGAGCGGAAGCCGAGGAGAGGCCAACUUUGUCUGGAAGUGCAAGAACUGCAAGAGAGAAUCGUCCGCCAACAUCAAGGCUGCGCCGGCAGCCUACGAGCAUAGCGACCCGCCCAAGAAGCAGAAGAUUAUCGAGUUCGACUGCCGCGGAUUGGAGUUUACCGAGUUCUUGCCCGAGGGAGAGUGGCUGGCGGAAGGAAUUGACUCCGGUACCAAGUUUACGGGAGUUGAGCUUACGGAGGGAGAGUGGUUUGACUAUGACGAGAAGGCGGGAGAAGAGGUUGGAAUCACAAACCUCAAGUGGGAGAUUGUGCGGUCAUAA